GUCCCUCGGAUACAGCGAAUCACCGAUCAAUGGAAAGAGCCGAAGACGUCAGCUCGGUCAUGUGAUCAGCUGAGUCCAAUCACAGCUGAUCACAUGGUAGCCCCAGAAGUGCCACCUGUCAGUGUCCAUCAAUGCCACCUGCCAGUGCACAUCAGUGCCACAUCAAUGCCAUAUAUCAGUGCCUACCAGUGCACAUCAAUGCCACAUAUCAGUGCCCAUCUGAGCUCCCUUUCAGUGCCACUUAUCAGUUCCAGUCAGUGCCACCUAUCAAUGCCAGUCAGUGCCACCUAUCAAUGCUGCCAAUCAGUGCCACCUAUCAGUGCCAGUCAGUGCCGCCUAUCAGUGCUAGUCAGUGCCGCCUAUCAGUGCAGCCUAUCAGUGCCUGUCAGUGCUGCCUUUCAGUGCCGCCUAACAGUACCAGUCAGUGCCACCUAACAGUGCCAGUCAGUGCCGCCUAUCAGUGCCACCUGUCAGUGCCACCUAUCAGUGCCAUAUAUGAGUGCUACCUUUCAGUGCCCAUCAGUGAUGCCUGUCAAUACCCAUCAGUGCCACCUACCAGUGCCUCCUCAUCAGUG